AUGGCCGACCAAGUAGAUGUUCCAACCCCAAACAAGGCCUUCGUGCCACUAGAAAACAACCCUGAAGUGAUGUCCCAUCUAAUCCACCAGCUCGGACUGCCUCCCUCUAUCGGAUUCACAGACGUCUACUCCAUCGACGAGCCAGAUCUCCUCGCCUUUGUGCCACGACCCUCCUACGCUCUCCUCCUCGUCUUCCCUGUCUCAUCCACUUACGAAGCCUCCCGCGUCUCUGAAGAUACCCAUCGCUCUGAAUACGCUAGUUCCGGGGCCUCGGAGCCCGUCAUGUGGUUUAAGCAGACUAUCCGCAACGCGUGCGGUCUCAUCGGUUUGCUACAUGCUGUCUCCAACGGUGAGGCGAGAAAACAUAUCCUCCCGGGGUCGGACCUGGAGACUCUGCUUCGGGAUGCGGAGCCGAGAGAUCCCAUAGCGAGAGCCGAUCUGCUAUAUGAGAGUAAGGCGUUGGAAAGCGCACAUGCCGAUGCUGCGAAGUUGGGUGACACCGCAGCGCCUCAGGCAGAAGAUAACGUUGACUUGCAUUUUGUGGCGUUUGUGAAGGGACAGGAUGGACGGUUGUGGGAGUUGGAUGGACGUAGGAAAGGUCCUCUGGAGCGCGGACAGCUGGCUGAUGAUGAAGAUGCCUUGAGUGAGAAGGCGCUACACCUGGGCGUGCGUCGGUUCUUGGGCGUUGAAGCUGCGGGGGGUAAUCCGGACUUGAGGUUUAGUCUUGUCAGCCUGGGUCCGGUUUUUGAUUAA